AUGAACUCGGAACACAACGAGCAGGCCAUGGAACGUCCUGUAACAUCGCCUCAGGCUGAGCCCACCUUGUGCAAGAACAACUGCGGUUUCUACGGCAACGCGGCCAAUGACAACUUGUGCUCCAAGUGUUUCAAGGACCAGGAGAAAGUCCAGAGCACUCCCGAUGACUAUUUCGAGAAGGACAUCAGCUUCAUGGAUGCCUCCACUGCAGUGGAGCCCGCCACUGAGAGCGUGCCUAGUGAGGUGGAUGCGAAACCCGCUGAGGAUUCUAGCCCGGUCGCCUCUGAGGCCCCUGUCGUGCCCGACAGGUGCCACAAGUGCGACCGUUUGGUCGGCGUGCUAGGUUUCAAGUGCCGCUGCGAGAACUACUUCUGCGCGCACCAUCGUCAGGCUAACCUGCAUGACUGCACGUUCGACUACAAGGGCAUGUUCCGUUCUUUGCUGGAGACGAAGAACAAGAAGGUCGUCCGUGACAAGCUGGAGCGCAUCUAA